UGUAUAGGAGCCUCCGGUGCAAGUAGGUUGAAGCUGCGCAAAAAGCUUGCCUUCGACGACCAGCCGGCAUUGCUCUGCUGGCGCCUUGUUUUUCAAGAGACCGCACCUCUACUUCCUGAACUGACAUAUCUGAUCCUAGACUGUGGCUUAUCUGGGUUAUUGAAUAGAAGGAGAACCGAACCGUUUAUAAAUUGCUUUAAGGCUGAAGUGUCACCAUCCAGAAAAACAUGAUGACCGCCCCUCCUUUCCCUGUUGCAGCACUGGCUCUAUUGUCUUCAAUAUUUGCAGAAAUGAAGCCCACUUCCGGAGAGGCAAGUUCAUGCGCGAAUGGAUAUCAGACAAGUCUGCAUGAGCAUUCAGGAACUUGGCCAUUCGCAAGUAUGUACGUGUAUGAUCCAAACAGCCACAAAUGCAAAGAAGUUCCUUCGGAUUCUCUCCCCAAAGAUGGCAAAGGCCAAGCAUAUUCUUACAAAUAUGAAUGCUACUUCGCUUGCACAAUAGGUCAACCCGCUCCAGUAAAGUGCUAUGCUGAACCGUACAAGCCCUGCCCUGCAUGCGCAGAGAGAGGAUAUUACUACGACUCGAAUAACCAGACAUGCAUACCGUACGGAACAAAAGCUGACUCAUGGUUUCCUCCUGACGAAGCGAACUGCUUUGGAGAUAAAACCACUUGUCUCAGAGAAUGUAUGGGUUUUAAUGAAAACAACAAAAAUGGCAUUCCAGCAACAAAGUGAACGCAAGGGCCUCGUCAACCGACAUGGAAAUGCCGGCUCAAGGGAGCUGUACGAGCCUGCCGUACAUUCAUAUUCUGCGCCAUGUAUUUGCUUAUACUCUUCAGGAAGUAUAUUUGUUAUAUUCCUAGGAAAAUAAAAGCGUCUGGAGAAAA